CGAAUUUUCGCCACCAUGAACAGAAUCGACACCACCUUUGCUCGCUGCAAGCAUGAAGGAAAGACCGCAUUUAUCACCUUCAUCCCGUGUGGGUACAAGGAAAAGGCCGACACAAUUCCGAUCCUUCUCGCAUGCCAGGCUGGCGGCGCCGAUAUCAUCGAGGUUGGCAUCCCGUACUCGGAUCCGGGAGCGGAUGGACCUGUCAUUCAAAAAGCUCAUCAAAACGGCGUCGACCAAGGCAUUACGUUCAAAGAUGUCCUGCAAACAGUGUCGGAUGCACGCGCCCAGGGCUUGACCGUGCCGGUCGUCCUCAUGGGCUACUUCAACAACUUUUUGCAAUACGGACUCGACAUAGUUUUCCAAGACUCCAAGAAAGCCGGUGUUGAUGGCUACAUCAUCGUGGACUUGCCGCCUGAAGAAGCAACCGAAUUUAGUGCGGUGACCAAGCAACACGGCAUUUGCUUCAUUCCGCUCGUGUCGCCAACCACCGUGGACAGCCGCAUGCCUCUGAUCGAGGCCUGCGGUAGCGGGUUCUGCUACGUUGUGAGUUUGACGGGGGUCACUGGCUCCCGCAACGCCCUGCCGAUCAACUUGGACGAUUUCGUUGCCCGGGUUCGCAAGCAUAUUUCCCUUCCCCUCGCACUCGGAUUUGGACUGUCCUCCAAGGCGCACGUCGAAUCCGCUGGGAAGCUUGUGGACGGCGCCGUGAUCGGGUCCAAGAUUUGCAACGUCAUUGACGAAGCUCCCCGCAACGAACGCGCACAAAAGGUCAAGGAGUUUUGCCUCUCCAUCACGCAAUAGACUACCCUUGUCCACACACCCCUUUAAUUCAUCACGUUUGUGGUUGGUUCCA